GGAAACGCCUCCAACGACAUCAGCAACAGCCAUGGCUUCCACGGCUGCGACCCGUACCGCAGCCGGUGCUGCUAAAGUGGUAAAGCCGGUUUUUAGUCGGGACUUGGACGAAGCUAAGCGCAGGGUUCGGGAGCUGUAUCGAGCCUGGUACCGUGAGGUACCUAAUACAGUGGCGUUGUUUCAGCUGGACAUCACAACUCGCCAGGGCAGAGACAAAGUGCGGGAGAUGUUUGACAAAAACAAGCACGUCACCGACCCCCGUGUGAUAGACAUGCUGGUCAUUAAGGGUAAAAUGGAACUGCAAGAAACAAUCCACAUCUGGAAGCAGAAGACCCACGUGAUGCGUUAUUUCCAAGAGACCGAAGAACUUCGAGCAACCGACUUCCUGUCCAAAUUCUACAAAGGCCACGACCCAUGAACUGUGUAGCUGACCUCUGACCCAUAUUUGCUUGUUUCCAGAAUGAAAGAUGUUCCCCUUAAUUGUAAAUACACACUUCAUCUCUCUCA